AUGUCUGGUCGCGGUAAAGGAGGGAAAGGGCUCGGGAAAGGCGGCGCCAAGCGGCACAGGAAGGUGCUCCGCGAUAACAUCCAGGGCAUCACCAAGCCUGCCAUCCGCCGUCUAGCUCGCAGGGGAGGCGUCAAGCGCAUCUCCGGCCUCAUCUAUGAGGAGACCCGCGGGGUGCUGAAAGUCUUCCUGGAGAACGUCAUCCGGGACGCCGUCACCUACACCGAGCACGCCAAGAGGAAGACCGUCACCGCCAUGGACGUGGUCUACGCGCUCAAGCGCCAGGGCCGCACUCUCUACGGCUUCGGGGGUUAAUGCUGCCUCCGUCCUCACAGCACAAAGGCUCUUCUCAGAGCCGCCCACAUCUUCCCGGGGAGAAGCUACAAUUCCUUCUGCGCUCAGCCACUGAGGGGUUAACACCGCCCGCACAUC